AUUUUUCAUGACCAGCUUUUUCAUAUACGAAUAUAAAUAUUUAAGCGUAUCAUUUAGCUUUUUCAUAUGCGAAUAUAAAUACUUAAGCGUGACAUUUUUCAUGACCAGCUUUUUCAAACUCAUUUUUACAUUUCCAUAUUCCUUUUCUCCAAAUUAUAUAACCCAAUGAGAUGAAAGUUAAUUCAAAUAAAGCAGAUAAUGAGAAUAAAGAGAUAGAUAUUUUCAAUAAACCGUCAUGUUCAGAACAAUAUAUUUCAUCGCAUAAAUUUUUUAUAAAAUUGAUUAAAGAUGAAUAAAGAAGAAUUGGAAUUAU